CCUCCUUGACGACCUAUCGUAUGUUAGCAACGAAACCUGUUUUAUCGAUAGUCGUUACGUUACCAACUUCCUUCACAAGUUAACCAUGGCGCCCGUUGCUAAAAGAGAGAAGAAAGAGGUUAAGGAUAAAUCCAAAAAUCCUAUGAGAGAAUUGCACAUUCGAAAAUUAUGUUUAAAUAUUUGUGUCGGAGAAUCUGGUGACAGACUUACUCGUGCAGCCAAGGUAUUAGAACAGCUGACUGGCCAACAACCUGUAUUUUCCAAGGCUAGGUAUACUGUAAGGUCUUUUGGUAUUCGUCGUAAUGAAAAAAUUGCUGUCCACUGUACUGUACGUGGCGCCAAAGCAGAAGAAAUCUUAGAAAGAGGACUCAAAGUACGAGAAUAUGAAUUGAGGAGAGAUAACUUUUCUGCCUCUGGAAACUUCGGCUUUGGUAUACAAGAACACAUCGAUCUUGGUAUCAAAUAUGACCCGAGCAUAGGUAUCUAUGGUUUAGAUUUCUACGUUGUAUUAGGCCGUGCAGGUUUUAACGUAGCCCACAGGCGAGCCAAACGAGGCAAGGUUGGAUUCCCUCAUCGCUUGACAAAGGAAGAUGCGAUGAAAUGGUUCCAACAGAAAUAUGACGGUAUAAUUUUGGCAAGCAAAAAGUGAGGUGUGAUCAUAUUUUUAUGUUUAUCGUUUAACAUAUUUGUGUGAUUACGCCUAAUAAAUUUGUUAUAAAAACAA